UCUCUGUGUGUGUGAGCUCCAGUCUGUAUCAGGAAACUGAGGAAAGCGUGAAUGCUUCAUUGCUUUUUGAUCCAGAUGAUUGAAGCUAAACCAAAUGCACAAUGCAUGCUGCUCCUACCAUUUUCUCUCCCCCUUUUUGGUGGUUAGAAUGCUUAAGUUUUCUUUUUCAAUCCCCUCUGGUUCUUGUAAGAAUUUCAGACACCCAGAAACACUUCCCCCAGAUCUAGCAUCUUAUCUGGAAGAAUUACCCAAUCAUGCCACACCUAAAAAAGUAGAAAAAGAUUAGAUUAUUACCAUUAAAAUCCUAGCAUACCACUGUUCUAUCUCUGUUUCUUUUCUUUUCUUUAAGAAAAAAGGAAAGAAAUUGUUUUUAGCUAUUUUCAGUACAGCCCCACUGCUUAUAGCUGAAGAGCAAAUGACCAUGAAAGUGACCCAGAAAGAUAAAGAUUCAGAGAAAUCAUUGUGGGAACAGAUGAGAAGCGCUUCAGGCGCGUCUGUCACAGUUUCCACUUCCCAAAGUCGGGUCUUGCCCAAAUUUAUGGUCUGGCUCGUCCUCUUAGUCUCCGUCACCUACGUAAUCUACACCUUAAAGCUUCUUUCCUCCUCCGCCUCCGGGGCCUGCAACGACGACGUUUUCGUCAUCCGGCGCGACGGGCUCCUCCCUGCCCAGCCUGAAAUCAACUCAUCCGCGGCAGGGUCCGCAUUGGACGAACCGGCCCGACCGGUUCCAGAGAAAACGGGCCUGGAGCAUGUGGUUUUCGGCAUUGCGGCGUCGGCGAAGCUGUGGGAUUCGAGGAAGAAUUACAUAAAGCUGUGGUGGAAGCCGGGGAAGAAAAUGAGGGGGGUGGUCUGGCUGGAUAAGCCGGUGAAUAUGUCGGAAAGGGAGAAUGCGUCCCUCCCGGAGUUGAGAAUCUCCGGGAACACCUCCCAUUUCGCCUACAACAACCAGCAGGGCCACCGGUCGGCCAUCAGAAUUUCAAGAAUCGUGUCGGAGACGCUCCGGCUGGGAAUGGGUGACGUCCGGUGGUUCGUGAUGGGGGAUGACGACACCGUUUUCAUAACGGAUAAUUUGUUGAGGGUUCUCAACAAAUAUGAUCACAACCACUUCUAUUACAUUGGGAGUUUGAGUGAGAGCCAUUUGCAGAACAUCUACUUCUCUUACAGUAUGGCUUUUGGCGGUGGUGGUUUUGCUAUUAGCUACCCUUUAGCUCAGGCUCUUGAGAAAAUGCAAGAUAGGUGCAUUCAGAGAUACCCUUGGCUUUAUGGCUCUGAUGAUAGAAUGCAGGCUUGUAUGGCCGAACUCGGAGUUCCCCUAACCAAAGAAGUCGGUUUCCACCAGUUUGAUGUAUACGGGGACUUGUUCGGGCUGCUAUCUGCACACCCUGUGUCACCAUUGGUUUCUUUACACCAUCUUGAUGUGGUUGAACCAAUAUUUCCCAAUGUGACUCGACUCGAAGCCCUUCGACGGUUAAUGGUUCCAAUGAGGCUUGAUUCAGCCAGUUUGGUUCAGCAGUCCAUUUGCUAUGACAAGAGUAAGAGCUGGACAGUUUCAGUGUCCUGGGGCUUUGCGGUCCAAAUCUUUCGUGGAGUGAUGUCACCACGCGAGGUUGAAAUGCCGUCGAGAACAUUCUUGAAUUGGUACAGAAGAGCAGAUUACACAGCCUAUUCUUUCAAUACAAGGCCAGUCAUGAGGAACCAUUGCCAGAAGUCUUUUGUUUUCUAUUUCUCAAGUGCAGAAAUGGACUCUUUUGCCAAUGAAACAGUGAGCAAGUAUAUUCACCAUCCUCUCCCCCGUCCUCCUUGCCGAUGGAAAAUGGCAAAUCCUGAAGAAAUUCAGAGGGUUGAGGUUUAUAUGAAGCCUGAUCCACAUUUAUGGGACAGGUCUCCGAGGAGGAACUGUUGCAGGGUGUUACACUCAGGUAAGAAAAGUAUGGUGGUCAAUGUGGGGGCGUGUAGGGAUGGUGAGGUCAGUGAAGUAUGAUAUGAUCCGUCUUGCAAUAAUUCUGUGAACCGCCUCGGCCUCCCGACUCCCGCCUCCCGCCGCCUGGGCGCUCCAUGACCGUCACUGUUCUUGAACCGUCAUCGUUCCCGUGAUCCCGUCUGCAUUUCUUCAUUUGUUAAGCCUCUCUGUGAAAUUUUCCUGGGUAAUUAAUUUGCCAAGCUAAUUCCAUGCCACCAGGGGCGGGAGGUCUUCUGGUAGAAAUUUUAUUAGCUGUGUUAUUAAUAUUUAAUUACUGUAUACAUACAUUGUUCAUAUAUAUACAUAAAUGCAUAUUUUGGUUACUGC